CUCGACUUAUCGCCUUAAAAGCUUCGUAUAAAAGGAAGGUUAUUAAGAAUCUCGCUCUAGACAAAAUGAUUUUAAAGGUUUUCGUGAUAGCUUUAGUGGCAUGUCCGGCUGUCUUCGCCUUUGACUCGAAACAAACCACGCAAGAGAUAUUAGACAAAUGGGAAACCAAAAUCCUCGAGAGUCUACCCGAAUGUCUUCAAUCUUCAGGCGUAACUCAAGAAGAGGUGGAUAACUUCUUUCACUUGCAGGUUCGGGCCGCCUCGGUGAACUUGAAGUGCUUCAUUAGAUGUUUUCAAAAAGGUUUUAAGUUUUUGAACGAUGAUGAGGCCUUCAACAAGGUUGAAAUCGUGAAUGAUAUCGAUAAGGCCACGGAGGAGAUGGUCGACUUUUGUAUCAAAGAUGCGGCCAACAUAGCGAAUCCGUGCGACAGGUCUUAUAGGUUGGCGGAUUGCCUGUUGCAUUAUGCCCAUAUCUAUGUUUAAACCUCCAUUAAAUAAAUUAAUACUGUAUUGUUUGCUAAAGGAUAUUAAUAAUAAAAUAAAGUUAAUAAGUAAGGGA